AACAAAUAAGGUCACACAUCCUGUAAAACUAUAGAGAGAAACAAUCCUUUGGCAUUUCGUAUACAAUGCAUUACAAGUCAAGAGGAAAGUGACGUCAGAAUUACGAUGAAUCAUCGAUCAUUCUAACAGAAAGUAGACUUUUCCCCGAAACAAUGAUCUCGAAGGAAUCUCGGUAGCUGGUGGAAUACAAGUGUUUUGACCCUCAAAUGGAUCUUCUUCAAUGAUGCAAAAUGAAGAAAUUAUCAAAUAUAAUUUACCAAAGUAAGAAAAACAUUAGGCACAAAGAUACAAUUUUGUUAAUAAACAAUAUUCCCAAUAUGUUCGUUGAGAUAACGAUCACCACGUUACCACGUUAACAAAUUUUUGAUCUGGAGGGAGAUGUGUCUGUUCGCGGGAGAGCAAACGCGGCGAGUGAGCUAGGACGGCUAGGAAACUCGAACGGAAACGCUUCGCGAAAAAGCCAGUGCACUGGAGGGAGACGUCCUUGCCGCGGCCGGCGUUAUGAAACGUAUAAAGGAAACCGCUGUCGUUGUCGCAACCCAGACGCCCAGACCGCGACCCGUCCGAGCCCAGCCGUGCCAUGCCCGCCAACGAGGACACCUCCGCCAACGACUUCGCGUUCAAGCGGAUCAAGCCCGAAAGGGCGAAUCCUGCGGAAUCUCAGCCUAAGAUGUCCAGAAAGGAUGAUUCAUCCACGAAUCUGAUUCUCUCGAAUUUCACCGCAUCGGUGGAAGAACGAAAGGAAGCCGAAAAGGGCGAUUUCCGCAGCAUACCGUGUCGGAGCGUUCACGAGAAGCUCUUCAGGGACUUUUUCGAGCUGAUGUUGCAACGAGCGGUGUUUCAGUCUACUUCCGGGGAGGAGCGCGUGGUCGAGUGGAUUGAUCCUAAUAAUUUGCGAUCUGUGGUCGAUCUUUCUCUGCCAACCGAGGGAGUUAGCCACGAGGAGCUGUUAACGUUAACGCGCGAUAUCAUCAAAUACAGUGUGAAAACGGGUCAUCCGCAUUUUGUGAACCAACUGUUCUCCAGCCUGGAUCCAUACGGAUUGCUAGGUCAAUGGCUCACCGAUGCGCUCAAUCCGUCCGUCUACACUUACGAGGUAUCUCCGGUGUUCUCCUUGAUGGAGGAGGACGUGCUGCGAGAGAUGCGCGCCAUCAUCGGCUGGCAGGGUGGCGAGGGACUCUUUUGUCCUGGAGGUUCCAUGGCGAACGGAUAUGCCAUCAAUCUGGCGCGUCAUCAUAGAUACCCAAACCUGAAGCAAUCCGGAUUAUCGCAAAUGCCGCGACUAGUGGUGUUUACAUCAGAGGAUGCACACUAUUCCGUGAAGAAACUCGCCGCCUUCCUAGGUAUCGGUUACGACAAUGUUUAUCUGAUCAAAGUCGAUUCGCGUGGCAAGAUGGUAGUCACCGACCUGGAAGCUCAGAUCGUUCGAGCCAUCAACGAGGGUGCCGUGCCACUUAUGGUAUCCGCUACCGCGGGCACCACUGUGAUGGGCACCUUCGAUCCUCUCAAGAAGAUCGCCGAGGUUUGCAGAAAGCACGGACUAUGGUUUCACGUGGACGCUGCGUGGGGCGGUGGUGCCCUCGUCUCCAGAACGUAUCGCGGUCUCCUGGACGGCAUCCAGCUCGCCGACUCUAUCACUUGGAAUCCCCACAAACUACUCGCCGCGCCGCAACAAUGUUCCACUUUGUUGCUUCGUCAUGAAGGUUUAUUACAAGAGGCGCAUGGCUGUGGCGCGAGCUAUCUCUUUCAGAACGACAAGUUCUAUGACGCGACCUUCGAUUAUGGCGAUCGGCAUGUGCAGUGCGGUCGUCGCGCUGAUGUCGUCAAGUUCUGGUACAUGUGGAAGGCAAAGGGUACGCGCGGUCUUGAGGCUCACGUCGACUGCGUGUUUGCGUUGUCGCGUUACUUUGCCGAUCUCAUCAGGACACGCGACGGCUGGCGAUUACUCGCCGAACCGGAGUGCACCAACGUCUGCUUCCGUUACAUUCCAUUAUCGAAGAGACACUUGACUGGCCGUGAACUCGAUCAGGCGCUGCACAAGAUCGCGCCAAUGAUCAAGGAGCGUAUGAUGCGAGCGGGAACAAUGCUGAUAACGUAUCAGACGCUGAGAGAUAUGCCGAAUUUCUUCAGACUAGUAUUGCAGAAUUCGGGAUUGACAGAGGCUGACAUGAAGUUCUUCGUCGAAGAGAUCGAAAGACUCGCUGUAGAUCUUUAAUUUAACCGUUUUUAAUUGCAGAUAUUGUAAAUAUCGAUAAUAUGUAUGUAUUUUGUGUAUUUUACUAGUGUAAAAAAUAGUUGCAUUUGUGGUAAAUCAUUAAUUUAAAAAAAAAAACAAUUAG